UUGCCUGUAGAUCCCCCAAGGCGCUAGGGUUUGUGGGACGCGAUCGGGGAGGGGGGAGAUCGAGAUCACGGCGUGGAGGUAAAUCGCUAGAUAGGCUUAGCCCAGCAGGGGGCGGCAUUCUCCCUCGCCGCCGCAUGGCUGCAGCUAUGGUAGACGAGCCGCUCUAUCCGAUCGCCAUUCUCAUCGAUGAGCUCAAGAACGAGGACAUCCAUCUCCGCCUCAACUCCAUCCGCCGCCUCUCCACCAUUGCCAGGGCUCUGGGCGAGGAGCGCACCCGGAAAGAGCUCAUUCCCUUUCUCAGUGAGAACAACGACGACGACGACGAGGUGCUCCUGGCUAUGGCGGAGGAGCUCGGGGCGUUUAUCCCAUAUGUUGGUGGCGUCGACUACGCCUAUGUGCUCCUCCCGCCGCUCGAGACGCUGUGCACUGUGGACGAGACCAUUGUUCGCGAGAAGGCUGUGGAGUCGCUUUGCCGGAUUGGGUCUCAGAUGAAAGAAAAGGACUUGGUGGAUUGGUUUAUCCCUCUCGUCAAGAGACUCGGGGCGGACGAGUGGUUUACCUCUCGCAUCUCAGCUUGCUGCUUGUUCCAUGUAGCGUACCCGAGUGCUCCAGAAGCAACGCGGUCGGAGUUGAGAUCUGUUUACAAUCAUCUCUGCCACGAUGAUCUGCCCAUGGUGAGGCGGUCGGCGGCUUCGAAUCUGGCAAAGUUUGCAGCCACCGUGGAGCCGGCUCAUCUGAAAUCUGAUAUAAUGUCGUUUUUCAAAGACCUCACACAAGAUGAUCAAGAUUCACUGAGACUUUCGGCGGUAGAAGGCUGUGCUGCGUUGGGCAAGCUACUUGAGCCUCAAGAUUGCAUAGCCAAUAUUCUUCCAGUUAUUGUUAGUUUUUCUCAGGAUAAGUCCUGGCGUGUACGCUUUAUGGUUGCUAAUCAGCUCUACGAGCUUUGCGAAGCAGUAGGUGCGGAGGCUACGAGGACCGAACUCGUUCCAGCUUACGUGAGACUUUUGCGUGACAAUGAGGCGGAAGUGCGCAUCGCGGCCGCGGGCAAGGUGACCAAGUUUUGUCGUAUAAUCAGCCCGCAACUAGCAACGCAGCAAAUUCUUCCCUGUGUCAAGGACUUGGCAAUCGAUUCAUCGCAGCACGUUCGAGCUGCACUGGCAUCAGUGAUUAUGGGUAUGGCUCCAGUACUAGGAAAGGAGGUGACUAUUGAGCAGCUUCUACCGACAUUUCUGGCGCUAUUGAAAGAUGAGUUUCCUGAUGUGCGGUUGAGUAUUAUGAGCAAGCUUGAUCAAGUUAACCAGGUCAUAGGUAUAGACUUGCUUUCUCAGUCUUUACUGGAGCUGGCCGAAGACAGACACUGGAGAGUACGGCUUGCGAUUAUAGAGUACAUCCCUCUCCUUGCAAGCCAGUUGGGAGUGGAAGUUUUUGACGAUAAACUUGGUUCUUUGUGUAUGCAAUGGCUUGGGGAUCAGGUGUUUUCAAUCAGGGAAGCUGCCGCGAACAAUCUUAAACGCUUAGCGGAAGAAUUUGGUCCUGAGUGGACUUGCCAACACAUACUUCCGCAGGUGAUCAACAUGAUUAACAAUCCUCACUAUUUGUACAGGAUGACGAUUUUACAUGCCAUUUCUUUAUUAGCUCCAGUUGUUGGGGGCGAGGUUACAUGCCAGACAUUGCUGCCGGUGGUUAUCAAUGCAUCAAAAGACAGGGUCCCUAACAUAAAAUUUAACGUGGCCAAGGUGCUAAAGUCCUUGAUCCCGACUGUGGAUGCCUCGGUGGUGGAUCAAACCAUAAGACCCACCCUACAGGAACUAAACGAGGAUCCAGACGUCGACGUGAGGUACUUCGCAAGCGAAGCUCUCAAGGCGUGCGACGACACCAUGUCGACAUAAGAAAAAGCAAGCUAGAGCGAUUUUUGUAGCGAAACUAAUGCCAGGAACAAAGAAGGAGAAAGAAGAAGAAGAAGAAGAAGAGAAUUGGAGCUACUGCUGCUGGAUUGGGCAUGAAGGAGCGAAGAGAGAGCGAGGCGGCUAGUGCUUUUCACCUCACAAGAUUUGUUUCGUGGGACUCCUCGUGUAAAACUAAGUGCUGGCCGUUGGAUUGCGCGUGCAACCAAGAGCUCAAA